AUAGUUAUCAUUUUUCAGAGGCUAGAGAGCCUGUAUGUUCUAAAUUUGCAUAUGAAGAACAGCUUUUAGAGAAAAUGAUAAGAACUGAAAUUAAGGUAGAAACAAUGGUGAAUGAAAUUAAGAAAACUGAGGAUAAUAUCAUCAGUACAUUAGGUUACAUUAAACAAACAGUUGCUGAUUUUACGGACAUGUUUGCCGAUAUGAGAGGGAACAUAACGGACGAGAUGUUGAAGAGAGUAGAAGAGAUCAAAGGCAGAGAAGAAUCGUUCAAAACAUUAUUUGAGGAAACAAGAAAGAACCUGACUAGUGGAAACGAGGCUGAAAAAGAGAAACUUAUUCAACUCCAAGGAAAACUCGAACAACCUCCGAUCGCUUUUUAUGCACAUCACUUGAAAGACUUGCUUCCUGAUACUAAGAAUGAGAUUCUGAUAUUUGAGAAGACAUUCACUAACGAGGGAACAGGUUACGACACGUCCACAGGAAUCUUCACGGCACCUGUCGGAGGACUGUACCAGUUUGUUAUUCAUACAUGUGCAUGGCAAAAUAAAUAUGCAUUUCUUGGCCUGGUAUUGGAAGGUAACGUUAUUGCAGCAGAUGCUAACUAUGGUGAUGCUUCUCAUGGCUGUAAUACGUUUGGUGCUUUAGUGAGAGUAAAAUCAGGAGAAAAAGUUUGGGUCAAAUCAACAUCGUCAAGUUCUAAUCGCCCGUUAGUUCAAGACAGAUACAGGAUGAACACAUUUAGUGGGAUACUUGUCAAUAACUGA